UGCAGCGACAGUCUUCUUCGGGCGCAUCGCAGCCAACACCUCGCCGCUUCGCCGAGUCGAAAUCGUCGGUCGAAAACAGCGACGCGCAUACACGCUUCUCGCAGCCCCACACGACUCUCUCCCGUAUGCGGCAACCAGCGGAGAACCGGGCGCGUCGCUUCGAAAACCGAGGCUUGUUUGUGCCAAUACUCCGAUACACUCGCAUCACACCGACCGGUAGCAGCUGAAACGGUCUUUUUUUUUUAUCUCACGUCGUUCGCUGUUGUACGAGGCGGAGUGUUACAGGACACCCGAAUAAAAAGCGGAAAGCAAAAACUGUGACGUGUGAGCGGCAAAACCACCGGCAAAAAAAUCCACCCUUUGGCGACUUCCAAGUUCGGGGAAAUCCUGGACGUUGCUGUUGUUGACCCUGCGUGAUGGAAGGUGUGGAACAGGACGAAGGCGCGGCGCAGGGGCUGCCCAACUGCACGCCGCCCGCCAUCGACGACUUCCCGCGCGACCUCUUCUCGGAGCAGCAGCGCCAGGAGGGCGCCGUCGUGCUGCACGUGCUCGCCUCGCUCUACCUGUUCGUCGCGCUCGCCGUCGUCUGCGACAGGUACUUCGUGCCCGCCGUCGAGCGCAUCUGCCAAGCACUGAACAUGUCGAACGACGUGGCGGGGGCCACGUUCAUGGCGGCGGCGACGUCGGCGCCGGAGCUGUUCGUGAACGUGAUCGGCACGUUCAUCACGGAGGGCGACAUCGGGGUCGGCACGAUCGUGGGCAGCGCCGUCUUCAACAUCCUCGCCGUGGCCGCCUGCUGCGGGCUGGGCGCCGGCAUCGUGGUGCCCCUGGACUGGUGGCCCCUGACGAGGGACUGCCUGGCGUACGGCGUGACGGUGUCGCUGAUGAUCUGCAUCAUCCACGACGAGCGCGUCGAGUGGUAUGAGGCGCUCACCCUGGUGCUGCUCUACAUCGUCUACAUCGCAGUGAUGUACUGGGACAAGUCAAUACAGCGGUGCACCCGGGGCAAGAAGAGGAUGGCGUCGCGGGCCAACUCCAACCGCAAGGCCUCCGUCGACAAUGUGGAGGCUGGAGAGGCGAGGCUACCACUGCAGGACGCCUCGGCGGCGGACGCCAACGCCUCCACUGUGGGGCCCGAGUCGGCUGCGCAACAGCUCAACGGCAGCAUCAAACUGGCUGCGGGGGCGGAAGCGGACGGCCAGGGCAACCCUGACGUCCCGGGCGACCAGCAGAACGACUGCACCGAGAACGAAGUGGCUGCGGCAGUGGAGGACGCGCUGCGCUGGCCCGGCUCGCCCCCGCACACGUGGUACCGCCGGCUGGCCUGGGUGCUCGUGUGGCCCAUCCACCUGGUGUUCACCGCCACCAUCCCGGACUGCGAGAAGCCGCGCUUCAAGCGCUGGUUCCCGCUCACCUUCCUCAUGUGCAUCAUCUGGAUCGGCAGCCUCUCCUACGUCGUCGCAUGGAUGAUCACCAUCAUAGGAGACACGCUGAAGAUUCCAGACUCUGUGAUGGGCAUCACGUUCCUGGCGGCUGGAACCAGCGUUCCAGAGGCGGUCUCCAGUGUGAUCGUCGCUAAGCAAGGCCACGGCUCGAUGGGCAUCAGCAACUCGAUCGGCUCCAACACGUUCGACAUCCUGCUGUGCCUGGGCCUGCCGUGGCUCAUCAAGGCGAGCUUCCUGCCCACCACGGAGGGCCGGCACUACGUGGGCAUCAACUCGCGUGGCCUCGAGUACUCGGCCAUCUCGCUGCUCUCCACGCUCUUCAUGCUCUACGCCGCCUUCUCCCUCAACAAAUUUCGACUGGACAAGCGAGUGGGUCGAGCCUGCCUGCUCAUGUACGCCAUGUUCCUCGUGCUGGCCACCCUCAUUGAACUCAAUGUCUUCUUCAUGGUCAAUCUCCCCACAUGUGGCCGAUGACUUCGCCAUCAGUAUGCCAAUUUUCCUUCAAGGUCGUGGAGUCACAUAAGCUACAUAAUGGGGGCAAGGCACAUUGUGAAAGUACACCAUGGUAGCAUCUAUGGGAAAUAUGUUAAUUUUCAAUGAGCAUCAGGACUCUGGAUCUUACUUUUUAAAUUUCCUACAUAAUGACACACUCUUCUCUCUAUUUCUCCUCUCUUUCCCCUCUUUCCCACCUGCAAGUGGACACACACACACACACACACACCUUAUCUAUUCUUCUAUGACUUAAUUUUUACUAAACAUACAGAUUAACAAAACAUAAGAAUAAUGACUCAACUGUUUCCUGCUGCUGCAAAAAGUAAAAGAAGUAACAAAACAAAGUACUCUCCUGUACACUUGCUCCCCCCCCCCC